UAACACGCUCGGCCGGCGGUGUGGGCUAAAAGACGAGCUGCUGCUGCCGCCGCCGCUGCUCCUGCUGCAGCAUAGACACAUCGCUCAGUGACCGGCGGACUGACGGAGGCCCGGGGGGAACCGGAGAGGCGUCAAUGGCAACAACAUUUCCUAAAACAAGACGCUGCCCGUGAGACAACCUGGGUGCCAAAUGCGUCCUGGAAAAUAGGACGCGCAUUUGCCGUAAAUUAGACGUGGGUUCGCACAGCGGAAGUUUCUGCGAUCGAUUUUUGGGGAGAUCUUGAUUUAUUGGCUGCAUUCAUGGACGAGGACAACCAAGUGCCCGAGGACCUGUCUUUGGAGGAAAGAGAUGAGCUGUCAAACAUACGACGCAGGAAAAAAGAGCUUCUGGAUGAUAUUGAACGACUAAAAUUUGAGAUUGCAGAGGUGAUGACUGAGAUUGAGCAGCUAACCUGUGUGGGGGAGAGCAAAACCACACAAAGAAACAAACAGAUCGCCAUGGGGAGGAAAAAGUUCAACAUGGAUCCUAAAAAGGGAAUCCAGUUUCUUUUGGAGAAUGAUCUUCUCCAGAACACCCCAGAGGACAUUGCACAGUUCCUCUACAAAGGAGAGGGGCUCAACAAAACAGUCAUUGGGGACUACUUAGGGGAACGGGAUGAAUUCAACAUCAAGGUCCUCCAGGCGUUUGUGGAGCUUCAUGAGUUUGCAGACCUCAACCUCGUUCAAGCCUUAAGGCAGUUUCUGUGGAGCUUCAGACUUCCUGGCGAAGCCCAGAAGAUUGAUCGCAUGAUGGAGGCGUUUGCCUCCAGGUACUGCCAAUGCAAUCCUGGCGUCUUCCAGUCCACAGACACAUGCUACGUUCUGUCUUUCGCCAUUAUCAUGCUGAACACCAGCCUGCAUAAUCCCAAUGUCAGAGACAAGCCCCCAGUGGAGCGCUUCAUCUCCAUGAACAGAGGAAUCAAUGAAGGGGGAGACCUCCCAGAGGAGCUACUCAGGAAUCUAUACGACAGCAUCAAGAGCGAACCCUUUAAGAUCCCCGAGGAUGAUGGGAACGACCUGACGCACACGUUUUUCAACCCAGACAGAGAAGGCUGGCUGCUCAAAUUAGGGGGAAGAGUGAAAACCUGGAAGAGAAGGUGGUUCAUCCUGACAGACAACUGCCUCUACUACUUUGAAUACACAACUGACAAGGAGCCUCGUGGGAUCAUCCCACUGGAGAAUCUCAGCAUCAGGGAGGUGGAGGAGCCCAGGAAACCUAACUGUUUUGAGCUCUACAAUCCUAAUCACAAGGGUCAGGUGAUCAAAGCCUGUAAGACGGAGGCAGAUGGGCGUGUUGUGGAGGGCAACCAUGUAGUAUACAGGAUAUCAGCGCCCACGCCCGAGGAGAAGGAGGAGUGGAUUAAAUCCAUCAAAGCAAGCAUUAGCAGAGAUCCCUUCUACGACAUGCUGGCCACCAGGAAGAGACGCAUCGCCAACAAGAAGUGAAGAGGUACAAUCAAGUCAACCCCCCCACCC